GGCUUCUCUUCCGGCCCCGCCCCUCCCGGCUGCUAUGACAACGAGUCCGCGCCCCGCGCACCGCUGCUGCUCGGGCGGGACCCAGGCUGGACCGCGGGCCCCGGCCUGGGGGCCACAGCCGUCACCGCCGCCGCCACCUCGUCUCCUCCCCGUCCCCGCCCCGCCCUGCGUCUCCUCGCCUCCCUCGGGUCCGCGGCCGGGGUCUGUCCCCGCCGCCCCAACCCCGCCCGGAUGCCGAAGGUGAAGGCGCUGCAAUGCGCCCUGGCGCUGGAGAUCCGCUCUGUAACUUGCCCAGGAGUGGUGCUGAAAGACAAGGAGGACAUCUAUCUUAGCAUCUGUGUGUUUGGCCAGUACAAAAAGACACAGUGUGUCCCAGCCAAUUUUCCCUUGGUCUUCAAUGCCAGAAUGGUGUUUGAAAAGGUGUUCCCUGAAGCAGUGGACCCUGGAGAUGUGGUUGCACAGCUUGAAUAUGAUACAGCAUUGUUUGAGUUGAUUCAGCUAGUUCCACCAGUGGGUGAAACAUUGUCUACAUAUGACGAGAAUACACGAGAUUUCAUGUUCCCGGGUCCAAAUCAACUUUCUGGACACCAUGAUUCAAACCGCCAGGUUACCAUGAGGAGGAUUUCUGGCCUUCGAGGAAUUGCUCCAAAGCUGGAAUUUUCUACAACCUCAGUGAUUACUGAAUGUCUGAUAAGUUCAAGGAAGUGCCGCACUCAGGAUAAAUUUGCUUACCAUACGGCUCCAGUUGAAAAACCACACGGCAGACUGCAAAACAGAACAUCGAGGUCACAAAAGAAAAAAUCCAAGUCACCUGAGAGAAAUAAGUAUUGCAUAAAUGCAAAAAACUACGAACAGCCUACAAUUUCUUCAAAAUCACACUCUCCAUCUCCUUACACAAAAAGACGCAUGUGUGAGCUAUCGGAAGACACCAGGCGGCGGCUGGCCCAUUUAAAUCUCGGCCCUUAUGAAUUCAAAAAAGAAACAGAUAAACCUCCAUUUGUGAUUAGACAUGUCGAUCCCCCAAGUCCCAGGGCCGAUGCUUUAUUUGGAUCUCCUGGCAGAGACUGUGAAAGAGAUGGAUGGUCCAGGCUGCACAACGAUCAUUCUCAUCUUGGCUGCUGUCGACCCAAGGAUUAUAAGGUCAUCAGAACACCUCAUGGGAGAGACUUCGAUGACUCUUUGGAAAGGUGUGAAGACUAUCUGAGUUCAAGGUCGUGCAGCAAGCCCCAGCAUUCAGCCAGGACCUUACUUGUUCAUUCAGCACCCUCUACCAUGCCGAAGCAUUCUCCAAGCCCUGUGUUAAAUCGAGCUUCUCUCAGGGAAAGGUUCCAUUCUGAUUGGUGUUCACCUUCCAACUGUGAUGAGAUCCAUGACCGGGAUGAGCGAGAUCCAGAGAAAGAAGAUGAACUGGAACUGAAAAGAGGUCUUUUAUAUAGAGACUCUGCCUAUGACAGUGACCCAGAGUAUAGCUCAUUUCAACGGCCACGUGGCACUCUCCAUUUGGAUGAUGGUGAAUACUGGUCCAACAGGGCAGCCUCUUAUAAAGGAAAAUCCCACCGACCCAUCUUUGAGAACAGCAUGGACAAGAUAUACAGGAACUUAUACAAAAAGGCCUGUAGUUCUGUUUCUCAUACACAGGAAAGCUUCUGAGAUCAGCCGCGAUAAAACUGUAUGAGUGUCCUUGUCAACUUCUCAAUGAAAACGUUUGAUGUGAUCAAUACCUGUAUUCUUUUAUUUUUUUUAAUCAGGUGGUUCUAACUGAGCACAGUAGUUAGACUUGAAUAAGUUUAUUUCAAAUGAUAAAGGAUCCUGGGCAAGCCUUCUUUUUCUAAUCACAGUAGAGAGUGCUGUAUUCCCACAGUUCUGCAACACAGUCAAAACCUCCAUUCUGAUUAUGAGAAGGCUGUCCUGUCACAUCUCUCUCAUGUCACCAGCGACAAAUCCAAGAACUUAUUCUCUCUAAAAAUGCUCUUCUGCCUUCAUCACCUUGUAAUUUUCUUUCCAUUUGCUUGACUGGUUAUCUUGUCUGACCAAGAUUAUUUUCAUUAUUAACUCUCGUUUCUUGGUCAUGGGCAAAAACAAUAUACAGAGAUGAAUUUCCCAGAAGUUUAAACUCUAUUUUAACUAGUAUUUUCUACUGUUUGCUCCCUAAGAAAAGGCUAUUAAUAUGUCUUAGCUCCUAAGAUAUAGCUUUCUUUUUAAAGUUUCUAUAAUCCUUUACUCCCUCUUCUCUAAAAGAGCUAGCUAAGUUACCUAAAAUGCCUAACAGUUAGUGAGAAAUAGGAAUGGCCAAAUGUGACCCCAGAUGUGAAAAACUGAUUUUUAAAGAUAGAUUUUUUUUUUUGCAUUGUUUUUUUCUAGAGUCAAAACUUUUGGUGGAACCAGAAUCAGAAAAUGGCCUUUGUUAAAAGCUUGUAGAAACUCAGAAAGAAUAAGGGAUUUAUAUUGUAAUUUAAUCUCUUUAGAGUAGUCAUAGGUAUCAAAUAGCCCAUGAAAGUAGCAACCUUACUUUAAAAAAAAAAACAACAACAACAAACCUGGGAACCAUAAAGGGGAGGAAAUAUUAGAGCAUAACUCUCUUUGUACUCAAAAGUUGUUGGUUGAUGAAAUUAGUUUCUUCCCCCUCUCCCCCCUACCCUGGCUCCAAACAACAUCCGAGGACAGUUAGGCUUCGAAGAUACAAAGAAAUCGGUUACCUUAUAUUUAUUAGAGAGAGGAGAAGAAAUGCAGAGAAUAGGAAAUGAUAAACUCGACUUAUAAACUUUAAGAGUUGACUACAAGAUAAUGUUUUCUUACUGAUUCUAUCUUUGGUUAAUUUUAUAGUUAUGAUCUUAAAAGAAAAUACUUGAGUUGAACUCUAUUUAAGUUGGAAUUGGUAUGUAAAUUGGGCGAUUUGUUUUUUUAAUUGGAGAAAGUACAUAAUACCUGUUAUCUAAUAAUAAGACUUUUCAGCUUCAUGUUGAAAUCUGUGGCAAUUU